AAUAACUUAUCGGUUAAAAUAUUGGCUAGGAAUAAGCUAUAAACUAUUUUUCACUUCGAUGAGUUUGUGACGUGAAUUUUUGUGAUAGAUAAGAAUUGUUGUGUUGUCAACUAACAUACUAAUAGUUGGAAAUUGGAAUAAAGCAACUGAUUAAUAACAAACAAUGCCAGAAUACCAAGAUGAACUAGAAACACUUCAAAAUGGUGACACGAGACCUCGAAUUGUUUCUGGUAUGAACAGACCAAUUCAAUACAAGCCAUUAGGUGAACAACCAAAAGCGGUCCGAAGACAAGAAUGGAUGAUGUCUCUUCUUUGUCUUGGCAUGCUUGCUUUUGGAAUGGGUUUAGCUCUGCCAGCUGUAACACUAAAUCAACUUACAGAUCCUAAAGAAAAAAUACACUUGGAUAAAUCCGAAGCUUCUUGGUUUGCUUCUGUUACAACAAUAACCUGUCCAUUAGGAUCACUAUUAACAGCUUAUGUUAUGGACAAAAUAGGACGUAAACGGACAUUUGUACUUUUCAACUGCAUUGCAAUCGUUUCAUGGGCUUUGAUGGCUUCAGCAGUCCAAGACAAUCCCGAAACUGUCUUUAUUCAGCUAAUGAUUUCGAGAUGUCUUAUUGGUGUAGCUAUGGGAAUGGCAAGUUCACCAGGAGGUGUUUAUGGAGCAGAAAUUAGUUUACCCAAAAUACGAAGUAGAUUGAUUUUGGGAUCAUCACUGGCCACAGCUAGUGGGGUUUUAGCUAUCUAUGUUUUGGGUUAUUUCAUUAGGAGUGAUUGGCAUCUUCUGGCAAUGGUCUUACUGGGUCUUCAAAUCACGUUCGUUCUUCUCUUGAUUCCGGUGAUCGAGACUCCAAGUUGGCUCUUAUCAAAAGGAAGACACAAAGAAGCUAAAGCAUCACUGUCAUACUUCAGAGGUCUUAAAACUCAUGAAACCCACGAUGAAGUCGAUGCUGAAUUUGAACUUCUCAUGAAGUCUAUAAACUCGGGAAACCAAAAUGAACGGAAAAAACCAUUCCGAAAGUCACUUAGUCUUCCAGAAGUCUAUAAGCCACUUUUGAUAAUGUGUGGACUUUUCUUCUUCCAACAGUUUUCUGGAAUCUACGUCGUCGUUGUGUACGCAGUACAAAUUGCAUCCGAAGCUGGUUCUUCGGUUGAUCCAAUUCUAUGUGCAGUAUUAAUAGGCCUUGCAAGAGUUCUAACAACCUGCCUUUUAGGAUUUAUAUUGGAAAAAAUGGGUCGCAGACAAGCUGCUAUGAUGUCUGCUUCAGGAAUGGCUAUAUGCAUGUUUCUUCUAGGCAUUUCCAAAUAUCUUCAAAUACCUUAUUUUGCUGCAACAGUUAUGAUCAUCUACAUUGUUUUUAGUGCUUUGGGUCUAUGGACUUUGCCAUUUUUUAUUGCUGCAGAAGUAUUCCCACAAAGUGUUCGGGGUCCAUGUUCGGGAGUUAUAGGAUUUUUUGUUUAUGUAAUGGCAUUUUUGAUUCUUAAAGCACAUCCAUAUUUAGUCGAUUGGAUGACACACAGUAAUGUGCUGAUAUUUUAUGCUGCUAUGUCACUAUUUGCAGUAUUUUAUGUGUACAUCUUUUUACCGGAGACGAAGGGAAAAACUUUACAGGAGAUUGAAGAGUAUUUUCGAACAGGGAAACAAGGUGUUCGAAAAGAUGUAAUGGAAGUUGAAAUGCAAGAAACAUUUGUAAGAACAAAAGCAUAGGAGGGAAUUAACUUUUAGAUAUACCAAUACAUACUGUGAUAAAAUAAAGCAAGGUGAAACAAUGACUAUUGUAAAAUAAAUCUUAACACUUAACCACUUAACAAACAAUGGUGAUAUAUUUUGAAAUUUUAAAUAUGGUACAAAUAAAAAUUUCUUACCAAAUUAC